AUGGGGAUUUUGAUUGGUGGUGGAAGGUUUGGAGAUGAUGUCAAAGAGUUGGAGACGGCUAGAGUGGGUUCUCCUUCCCCACAUAUAGAAGUUUCGAAGGAAGAAGGCCCUAUGCGGUGGCGAGAGACAUUGAGCUCGGGACGAAAUGUCAGGCCGAGAAAGCUUGGUUCAAGAGAUGGAUUUCUUUGGAAAAAGGGAACGAUGGAGGGAGAAGAAUCUUCCGGUCAGGCAGAGCAGCGAUCAGUUGAACGGCAUCAGGGGAGCUCAGGACCAGAGGGGAGACGAGAUCAUAGACUCCUUCUGUUUAGAAAAGCUGCAAUGGACGACGUCCUUGGGGCUCGUGUCAUACAAAAAAUGAAACUAAGAGCAUCUCAUUUGGUAAAAUACUCGUAA